AGAGGAAGUAGGCGCAACUAAACAUAUGCACCUCCGGCGCCGCCUGAUCCGAGACACCGAACACCACUUUCCCACUUAUAACAAAAACACAAACACAUGAUGUCAUUCUCUCUCUUACACUCCCCACAUUCCCUAAACCUUAACCUACACCCCCAUGCGCACUUUAGCCAACCCUCUCCCUUUCCUAUGUCCAUCUUACGCCGCCUCACCCUAACCCUACGCCCUCGCCUCCACCACAAUCGCCAUCGCCGCACCGCCACCACAUGCGCCGCUGUCCGCCAGGACACCACCCUCUGGACCCCGGCUCCGCUCUCUGAGGUGGAACCCGCCGCCGAGUCCCUCUUCCACAUCGCCGUUGACAUCUCCGCCACGCCCGAUCUCGUGGAGUCACACACACGCGCCGGUCAGUACCUUCAGCUACGUGUUCCCGACGCGCCCAAGCCCGUGUUCCUUGCCAUCGCAUCGCCGCCGAAGCUGGCAUCUGCGCGUGGCGCGUUCGAGUUCUUGGUGAAGAGCGUGAAGGGGUCCACUGCGGAGGCGCUGUGCGCGUUGAAGAGAGGGGAUGUGGUGGAGCUGAGCUCGGUCAUGGGAAAUGGGUUUGACAUCAGCCGGAUCGACCCGCCGGAGAAAUUCGGCACUGUCAUCGUCUUUGCCACCGGUUCCGGAAUUAGCCCAAUUCGAUCGCUUGUCGAGUCAGGAUUUGGCGCUGCUCAAAGGUCUGAUGUAAGGCUAUAUUAUGGGGCAAGAAACCUUCAGAGAAUGGCUUAUCAGGAUAGAUUUAAGGAAUGGGAAUCUUCUGGUGUGAAGAUUGUGCCUGUGUUAUCUCAACCAGAUGAUAGUUGGAGUGGGGAGAGAGGCUAUGUACAGGAGGCAUUUAAAAAAGUGAAGCAAAUAUCAAACCCUUUAUCAACUGGUGCAGUACUUUGUGGCCAGAAAGAGAUGACUGAGGAAGUGACAUCUAUUCUCGUUGCGGAUGGAGUCUCAGGUGAGAAGAUAUUGAAGAACUUUUGAGCAAAAAAGAACUUAGGCAUUGUUGUGUAUCAAAUUUUGAAAAUAUAUACUGUCUGUAUGAUUAUUUAUUCAUUGUUGUUGCUGAGGGUCAAGUAAAUCUCAGCCCAGCUUAGACUGUAAUUCUAUAAAAGAAUAAACAAUUUUGGAAUUGAGCCAAUAUGGAAUUUCCAGCUCUUGAUCGCUUCUUAAA